AUGGGAAAUCAUUUUUACGCUCCCGGACAACAACGAGAGGUAUUGCACGGUGACGACCAAUACUAUGAAGACGCCGCAAUACUCUUCUAUGGACAAGCAGCUGGUCCGCCUUCGAAAACUCAUUGGAAG